UAUGCAAGAUGGCGACUUCCAGAGACAGCACGAGUUCCAAGUUUGAUCCAGCCUUUGAUCAAGUUCAUAGGCGAAAGAAAAUGAAAAAGAAACCUAAACUAGAGACAGGAAAAACUGAAGAAUCUGAUGUGGAAUUCAAAGGAAAGUGGACGGUUGCAGAUGUGGAUUACAGUGCCCUUAAGUUGGACGAACUCCGUGAAUUUAUGGGCAUUGAAGAACUGUCAAUGGAGCACGCGGUAGUUACUGGAAAACCGUCGUCAGCCCACUCAAAGCGUUCAAGGAAUCGUGGUAAACGACGUCGAAAACAGCAACAAAAACAAAAUUCCACUGAAAACCAACAAGUAUCUCCACCCAAGAAGCAGAAAAUGAGAAAUCAGAGGAAAAAUGCUUCUCAAGAUCAUACAAUGUCAGGAAAGAUGCAGCAAGAGUUGACAAAAAGUGAUAUCGGUAAACGUGCAGAAGAAGUUGUAGAGGUUACCAUGAAUACCAAGAGGAAGAGCAUAGACAAAGUAAAGACAGAGAACCAAAACCCCAUGCAGAGUAAGAAGGAAAUGAGUUUCACCAAAGGGAUCUCUGUUCCUAAAAAAGACAGUAAUGUUAAUAUGCCAGCUUGGAAGACUCUCCAUGUUCCUCUGCCAGUUCUUAAGGCACUUCAGGACCUUGGCUACAAGGAACCAACACCUAUCCAGAAAGCAUCUAUUCCUUCAGCCAUUAAAGAUAGCAAGGACAUCGUUGGUGCUGCAGAAACAGGAAGUGGAAAGACACUUGCAUUUGGUAUUCCAGUGAUCCAUAACAUUCUACAACACAAAGCAGCACUACGGCGGGAAGCCAGAUCAAAGAUCUUCAAGGUGGCAAAUACUGAAUCCACAGAUACCACAAAGCAGCAAGAAACAUCUACCAAAAGGACUGUCAAAGAGACAGCAAGUGACCCAAAGAAGGAACAAAAAGCCAUUAAGUCUCCUCACAGUAAAAGAUCUGAUGGCAAGCCAUUAGAACUGGAAAGAACAGUGGUGAAAAGCAAAACAAAACAAAAGAUGACGGGUCAGGAAGAAAAGACAGAAAUUCAAGAACAGGACAGUGAAGAUACAAAUGUGGAAGAUAAUGACGAGUUUGAAAUGGAAGAGACGGAAGAUGACGAUGAAGAUGAAGAUAUUGAAUAUGAUUUUGAUGACGACGAUGAGAUUGAUGAGGAUGAAGCAGAAAGUAUUGAUUUUGAUGAGGAUGAUGCUGAUGACAGUGAAGGCAAUAUUGAUGACAUUGAAGACUGGGAACAAGAGGAUGGAGGAGAUUUCGCUGAGGCACAGAAUGAUGAAGACUGUAUGGAUGAUGAGGGUGAUAAUGAUGAUGACAAAGACCUGAAGGGAAAAGUGGCCAUCAAAAAGAAAGAAAAGAUACCUGUGGAAAAUGACAAACCCUCUGACAGAUCUAAAAAGCCUAAGGGCAAAAAGGGGCAAAGAAAACGGAAAUUCCGCACUCGGGAACGCAAAGUGGUAGAGCUUGAUGGUGCAGAGUUUGAAGGAAUUGAGCUCAUCAAUAAGAUGGACAAACGAGGCUUUGGUUGUGUUAGAGCCAUUGACGACAUCUCAGAUGCAGAACUGUUAUCUCAAGUUGGUCUGGGCGAGGUAGUUGAACAAAUAGAUGAUGCAGGGGAUAGGUCCAGUGAUGACCAAGAGCUUUAUGCCAUGAUAUUGACACCAACAAGAGAACUUGCCAUUCAGGUCAAGAAUCAUUUGGUUGCUGCAUCAAAAUACACUGAUAUCCAGAUUGCAGUGAUUGUUGGUGGAAUGUCAGCACAAAAACAAGAACGAGUACUAAGGAAACGACCAGAGAUAGUGGUAGGCACCCCAGGAAGAAUAUGGGAACUUUUCAGAGAGGGGGAGCCACACUUAUCAACAAUGUCAGGAGUUCGCUGCCUUGUUCUUGACGAAGCAGACAGAAUGAUAGAGAAAGGACAUUACGAACAACUGAUUGAAAUAUUACACCACAUGAAUAACUCUCCUGCUAGUCUUCAACGACAGACAUUUGUGUUCUCUGCAACUUUGACCCUGGUGCAUCUUGGACCUGACCGGAAGAAUUUGGCCAACAAAACCAAUAAGAACAACCCCAAGCAGGAGAAAAAAGACAGAAAAGAGAAACUCAAUGCCCUUAUGAAGAAGGUUGGAAUCCGAGAUGAUCCAAAAGUUGUUGAUCUAACACAGAAACAGGGAACAGUAGCCAGUCUAAUGGAAGCCAAGAUCAUUUGCGAUGUUACAGACAAGGACGUUUACUUGUAUUACUUCCUGCUUCAGUUUCCUGGACGGACCCUGGUUUUCUGUAACAGCAUUGACUGUAUCCGUCGUUUGUGUUCUAUCCUGACACUCCUAGCCUGCAAUCCACUACCUCUACAUUCAUCAAUGCAUCAGAAACAACGAUUGAAAAAUCUAGACCGGUUUGCCUCCAAUUCUACGGCUCUGCUCUUGGCCACGGAUGUAGCAGCGAGAGGCUUAGAUAUCCCUGAUGUACAGCAUGUUAUUCAUUACCAAGUGCCAAGGACUUCAGAGAUCUAUAUCCAUCGCAGUGGACGUACUGCUAGACAAGCCAAGGAAGGCAUUAGCAUCAUGUUGGUAGCUCCAUCUGAAGCACACUUCUACAAGAGAGUCUGUAAGACAUUGAAAAGAGAUGACAUUCCCAGUUUUCCAGUAGAUCACAUGUACUACAGUGCUGUCAAGGAGAGAGUUGACUUGGCCCGACUCAUUGAUCUAACCAAUCACCGCAUGGAAAAGAAGAAGCAUACGAAUAAUUGGUUCAUCAAGGCAGCUAAAGAUCUAGAUGUGGAUCUGGAUGAAGAUUUAAUCUUGCAUGAUCUAGGUGAUGCGAGAGAGCAAGGACAGCAUGAGAGGAAACUUCAGCAUAUGAAAGGUGAAUUGAAGUCACUUCUGAAACGUACCAUCUUCCCUCGUGGAUCAUCUUGGCUGUAUCCAACAGCUGCUGGAAAGCUAGUCAGCCCACUUACACUAGGUACCAGCAGUGCUUUGGGUGUGGUAAAGAGCAAAGUAGAUAAAAGGAAACUUGAGGCCAGUCAGCAAGCUGAGGCAGAACCUCCCAAGAAAGUCAAGAAAUCCAAGAACAAGUUUAAGAGAGCAGCAGAUGAAACGGCAAUCUAAUCCUAACCUCCCAAGAAAGUCAAGAAAUCCAAGAACAAGUUUAAGAGAGCAGCAGAUGAAACAGCAAUCUAAUCCUAAGUGUCCGUUCUUAAAAUAAACGUAUUGCAGCGUCAUGUUUUGACAUUUAUUUUCAAGCAUGAAAGAAUUAUCAGAGACUUUUGCUUGUACACUCUGUUUCCGUUGACAUGGAUUGUUUUAUUUCAUUGUAUGAAUUUUGAAAUGAGAAAGAAAUUUGAUGUCUCUUUCAAAUUACUUUAAUAACACACACUUCAUUUAAAUCGUAAGAUAAGAUUUAAAAUGAAAAAGCAGUUCAAUAUUAAAUGCAAUUAAGCAACUGAAGAAUUUGAAGGAAAAUUUGGAGGCAUAGUCACUAGAUUCCCUAAUUUACACACAGUAAAAUCUAAUGCUUUAUUUCAGUCAUUUUAGUUUUUCCAUUACAUUCUCUAGAAAAGCAAGAUCAAAAUACAUUUCCAGAAAGGUACAAAUGUGAAAUCAAAUUCCAUAUUUUGUAUUUUAAUUCAACUUUCUUCAUUUUGAUUUCAAUUAUUUGUGGCAAACAUUUUAACUCAUCUCUUUCAAUAACUUCAGGUCACCAAGUAAUUUAUGACACACUGGGCUUGCAGCCAUAUUAUACUGGAGGAACUAGAAUACAUCAUUAAAUAUGGUCAAGCUAUUUUAUCAUUAGAAAUGUUCACUAAAUCAUAGAAUUAGCAGUACAUGUAUAGAAAAGCCAUCAAAAAAAAGGGUGGCGAAAGUGUGCCCUUACUGGGAUCAUAUUUUGGGGAAGGAAAAUCUGAACUAAUUUGAGGUAUUUCCAAAUGUCCAACUACAGCAUUGAUCAUCAGUUCUGGGUCCUAGAGCAGAACCAAUGUUUAUAGUACUGUAUCAAAGAAAAGACAAAACUGACAAAACUUACAAGGAAAGGUGAUGAUGAUGGAUACCAGUCAGUUAAAGUCAAUUUGACUCAAACAUGGUAGCAGAUUCUUUUCUAAUAAUCAUAAAGAAACUUCCAUCACAACA